UCUACACCCUACAACCGCUACUACUUGCACAACGACGUAUAUUCAUUCAGCAUGCCAGAAGGAAGGAAUAGGUUCCCGGUUACGCCAUACCGUCUCCUCAUCUUGUGCAUACUCCUUGCCUUGGGUAUCAGCCAGGUUGUUCCAGCGCUGAAGGGAGAGGACGCUGCUCCGAACACCCUUGACUUUAUUCUAGGUGUUAUUAUUGUUAUCUUGAUGUUCUUCGCUUCCUAUCUGGAAAGCGCAGCGCCAGAAGACGGGAUAGGGGGAUGGUUUUUUCAUAAGGACUACACCGAGCAGCUCAUGACAUGGUUUAUAUGGCCAGUGGUUUUGUACCUGUUCACCUUCGUCGGGUCAGUUCUAGGUUCAGUGAUCUCCUACUUGCUCAUUGUCUUUUUUCCUCGUUCGGAUUACACCUUCAAAAUUCACUGGAGCGAGACGGUUUAUUCACUGCUGCCCUCUAAUGCUUACGCUGCUGCAUUGAUAUCCACGUGCACUGUUCUCGCAGUAUACAUCAUCAGCGAUUCUCAAACUUCGCGGCAGGGACGGCCGUCAGACGUGCCGGACGCUGCCAUACCGCCACGAACUGGUAUGGUACCACCAUGACAUCAGACACCUGUGUAUCGCCAUACCUGCUAGAAUCAUUAGCUACACCCAUCACACACCCGGCAUGGUGCCACACUC